AUUUUUUAGCUUGUUUACAAAUUUAUUUCCUAAGGUGUUGAUAGAAUGUCAAUUCUGUGAAAGGCAAUUUAAUACAGCAGCCAAUUUCAUAGAGCACUCUUUUGCCCAUCAUGUGUUGGUCUUGUAGGUACUGCUCACUCCAGUUCCCUUCUGAGGAUGAACGAUGUACCCACGAAACUCAAGUCCAUUUAGUGCAAUGUCAAUUUUGUACAAGGUUUUUUAGAGACCAAAGCCACAUGCGCGCUCAUUGUGAAUCCGCCCACUUUUUGUGCCAGUUUUGCGACGAAUGGUUCCUAAACGACCAGGAUAAAAACCAACACGUGACCAACGUCCAUUACACCUUUACAUGUUCACUUUGCCCGGAACGAUUUAGAAAUGAGUACUCUCUAGAAUCCCAUCGCAACAUUUUCCAUUAUUUUAAGUGUUUCUGGUGCUCUGAAUGGUUUACUUCUCGUUUGGAAAGGUUCGAGCAUGAUAAGGACGUCCAUGUGACAGUACCGUGUCCUCAUUGUGACAGAUAUUUCAGAAACCACCAGUUCCUGCAGGAACAUUGUAGACAGAAGCAUUUUUACAUAUAGAUCGACGAAAUGCAGGAAAACCGUAAGCUUCAAAACCGAUUCGAGUGCUUAUAUUGUGAUGAAUGGUUUGUAACAGACGAAGACAGAAAUCUCCAUAACCGAUCAAAGCAUAUGAAAAGCAGCUGUAUGUAUUGCGACGAACUUUUCCUAACUGAGGAAGAAUGUCAUAGACACAACUUCGAUGAACAUUAUUUUCCAUGUAGGCACUGUGGUGACUGGUUUACGGAUGAAGAAGAGAGAGAAGAUCACGAAAAAGAGCAUUUGGUGGUUGAUUGUCCACAUUGCAAGGAAAGUUUUCCAGAUGUUGCCGAUGGACCACCAGGUGUUCAGAAAUCAGAAAUUUUACAGGUGUGUGAAGAAGUUGAUCGACUCUCUCACCAAUUAAUCAUCCUUUGUGCCCAACGUUUGUUCAAUUCUCCUCAAGGCCAAGACGUAGCUAGGAAACUUUCCCAAAAUUACAUGAGUUUAAAGAAAAAAUUAACCAGCUGUAGUGAAUAGAGUAGUCGAAGGUUUCAUUGAUAUCGUUACUGCCUUAAAACAAUCCACAGAGGCAGCUCUAGCUCCUCUUGUGAUCUUUUGAAUUUUUUUUGUUGGAAAUGUAUAUUCAUGAUCAUCGUAUUAUUGUCUAAACAGAAUUCAAGUAAUAGUUUUCCAUUAUUGUUGAUUUUAUCCUGUGCAUGGUUCUGUAAAAUCGUUCCAUUUUUCUACUUUUUUCCCACUCUAGCAUUAAUAUCUUAUGUGACUACUAUUCUCAUUCUUUUCAUUUUUAUCACCCAUCUCUAAAUCUACUCUCUUUCCUUACCAUGCACGCUACCCCUGGCUGCGCUCUCUCUUGUUUUUCUAUUCUACUAUAUAUUACUAAAUUUUAGUUUACCAAUAUGGCGGUUCUUCUUCCUUUUCUUUUUGCUUCUGUUAUAGAUACUACUUACAUCUUCUUAUAUUCCAUUUUUCCCCAGUUCUUUUUUUUUUCGUUUAUACCUCGUUCACUCCAUGUUUCCAGUUUUAAACUGGCCUUCUUGUUUGUCUCUAUGUUUCCCCUUAAAUGUAGUUUUUUCUGUCUGUCUUAUCAUUUCUAUGUUCACUUAUCUUUUCUAUUUUCUAUUACUGAUUUGUUGAAAUAGCUAUAGCACUUUAUUGUUUGUAGCUUUUUUUAUCAUAUUUGUCUUUUGGUUUCAUUUCCAUCAUGUGUUUUCUGUAAUUAUAAAUCAAUAACCUUUAUCUUUAAAGUAAGGCUAAGUAGGUACGUUUCUUAGUCAGCCUAAUUAGUUGCGAAUUAAAGAUAUCUCUACAUUUUACCAAAUCGUUGCAAAAUAACUUUGUUUCUUUUAGAUUCGUGUAAAAAUUGUCAGCUUUUCAAGCAUGAAAAAAUAUUUCGACUACGGGUAUUGUUAUUCCAAUUGUUUUUAAGCUUUUUUAAGAUUUUUGAUAAUUUUUUUUGUAAAUGAUGAAAUUGUUGCUGAUGUAAGCACAUGCUUAAUAUGUUAGGGUAUACUCACUAAUACUCACAAUCUUAUUGAAGGUGUUUAUUUAAAACAGUUUGUGGGCGACCGGUUUCGGAAUUCAAAAUUUAUAUGUCAUCGUAAAGCCCUUAAAGAAACUGAAUAAGCUAAAAAAGUAAUAUACGUUUCAAUACAGUUGCCGUAGGUUACAUUUUAAGUUUAACAACAGUUAAUAAGUUACCAAAGGUGUUCAAAUCGACCAGUGCCAAUCUGAUGUUAACUGUUAUGGUUAGUAUAUGAUAUAAUGUAGUAUAUAAUAUUAAUAAGAGUAUUGGUACUUACAUAUCAGUACAGUAUAAAAUGUGAUGUUAAAUUGGAAGCCCAUGUGUCUUCGUCGAUUUCAAACUCAUGUAAGUUUGUACCAUAUAUCAUAAAUCUUACCUUUCGUUCGUAUUCUACUCUCUUGCAAUAUUGACUCCAACAAUAAAUUGAAGAGUACUGUGGACAGCAGAUCUUCCUGCUUUAAUCCCCUUUUAACUUUCUUGUUAGGCUUCCUUCUAUCCUUACUCAUAAAGAUAUAUAAUACCAACAUCUGGUCAAACAUCUGAUUUUUGCGAUGUCCUGAACAUGGUUAAACCUUGCUUAUUUCCCUGGAGUAAUAUUAUCACCAAUUAUUUCUCUACCACUACAGAAGUAAACUUGUUCAAAAGCUGUAUUGAUCAAAAUAUGAUUUGUAAAAAAAUGUUCUUUAAGUUAGGCAUUAAAUGUAAUUUUAAUAUAAGUUUUAAUCUGUUUGUAGUGACUUUUUAAAUUACUCACCAAGUUACAAUAAUAAAGUAAAGUAAUUAUUAGUUCAAGUGUAGUAUGUAGGUACAAGGAAGAUCCUCAAAGUAAGCAGAACAUCAAAUAGCGUAUAAAACUGCGUUUAUUUUCAAACAAAACCUGUUUUUCUUUUAAUUAAAACGCUGUCAGGGUUGUUAAAUAGCAACAAUAUUUUGUUGUAUUGUAAAAAUUAUUUAAAGCAUUUAAAUUAAUAUUUAGCAUUAGCAUAGGCUUCGGUUGGUAAUAAUUAUAGAUAUUUUUUUACUAGUCAUUAUAAAAAAUUUGGGUAGAAAAAACUAUGCUUCUUCGCAUAUGUCCUUAUGCCUUUCAGCUUCGAAUUGUUUACUGCUUAUCCAUACCUUCUGCACUUACUGAUUUCAGGUCUUCAAUAGUAUUUUUUUCUCUUUUUUUGUCCAAUUGUAUUCUACCUGUCUAUUUGUUUUUUCCUUUUCUCUUUGUUUCUGAUAUAGUUAAAAACUAUAAAUUUAUUAUAAUUUACUAUAAUAGCCGUAUACUCUCGACCUUACUUAGUCCAUUUCGCCAGUGAGCCCUAUGCGUUGGUGCCAUCAUCAUCUACACCAUCCUUCCAUCUAUGUUUUGGCCUACAUUUUCGUCAACUUUCCACUGCCUGUCAUAUAAGGAUUUGUCUAGGAGGGGUGUUCUGCUGUGGUCUUGCUAGUCGUGCCCAUUUGUGUUUAUACGUCCAUGUUCCCAUCUUAGUCUUUCUAUUUUUAUCAGGGAUAUCACGUUUUUACCACCAGAUAAAAUAUAUGUUUGUAUUUGUGGUAUUACCUCCUUCUAGAAAUACUGUGGCGUAUGUUUACAACACCACUAUUGUUAUACAGUGAUGAGCGCGCAAAAUAACGCAAAAGAUGGAAACAAUAAUACAUUGUGCAAUAAAAAGAGAUGAAACUAGUAGAGGUACAAAUUAUCGAUAUAUAACGUAUAAAUUAACAUUAUAUUACAUAGUUUCCCACCUUUAAACGUCUGUGACAGGAGUAUUUUACAAAAAUUUUCUGUCACAGUAACAGUUGUCAUACUCCUCCUAUAAGUUUAAAGGCGGGAAAGUAUGUAAUGUAAAUUUAUACGUUUAUAUCGAUAAUUUCCACCUCUACUAGUUUCAUCUCUUUUUAUUUCACAAUGUAUUAUGUUUUCCGUCUUUUGCGUUAUUUUGCCGGUUAUUAGCGCGCGCUUAUCACUGUAUAUACUAUUGACAGAUGUCAAACAAUACAGCACACUUUCAAAACAGCAAUUUUUUAAAACUUGGUGCUGCUGACUGUUGUAAUCGUCAAAUUAAUCAAGUAGUCCAAAGAUCUACCUUCUAUUCGCCGUUGAACAAUAAAUACUUUAUUUAGUUUAGAAUACGAAGUAAAAACUUGUAAAUAUUUUUAAUAUAAUCAUUUUUUGAUUUUGAUUAGAUUGGGGAAUUAGAUUCAGGGUAUUUUGUAUCGAUGAUAAGUGUAAAUGACAUAUUUUAAUAAAUUUUUAGUAAAUGGCA